AUGAAUGAAGGGACCGGGAGAGUGUCCCAAGGAUACUGGGGGACCCACUUAACCUCCGAAGCCGCGGACGCCUCCGAGACAAUCGCGGCCCCCCGUACCGCUUCUGGUGGGAGGAGGCGGGGAACAGUUCUGGAGAACGAACUGGCGAAAGAGGGGAGGAGGAAAGCCGGGGGGACGGCGGCGGCGGUGGCUUCGGUCGAGCAAAUGGAGGCAGCCGAGGCGCUCAUGCGGGCACAUAGCGAGGGCAAGAUGGUACCGGUGUGGCAAGUGCUGGACGCGGCUGACGUGUCCCAGAAGCUUGGAAGGGACGACGACUGCGUCCAUUAUUUUACGACGAGCAGCCCCGUUCGGAAGGGGGCGUCUUCGCAGGGGGGGGUUGGCGUGUUCGCCACCCAGCCUUUCGAAGAGCAAGAGGUCGUCAUGGCCUUCCGGAGGCAUUGCUCCCCGGUCUCGAAGCGGUUGGCGGCGCGCCUCCUAUUGGGCCUGAACGGAUAUGUCGUCCACGAUGGAGGAGACCCCAUCUACCUCGACAUUUCCACGUUCGGCUUCCCUGCCCGUGUGAUGAACAACUCGGACAAGCCCCACGUUUUCGUAUGCACGGUCACCGCGGGUUUCUCUUUAGAGAAGUACGUUUUCGUCUUCCCUCUGAAGAGCAUAUUCGGUGGGAGAGGAACUCUUCUACCAGCCCGUGAAGGGUGGCAUGAGCCUGUGACCGGGCUAUAG